AUGGCGUACCUUCGUUUGUUAUUCUUUUUGAUACUAGCAUUCAUUCCUGAAUCGUUGGGUUUUAAUGUCUUGAUGAUUAGUAUCGGUGCCGCUGGUCAUGUUGUUCCGAUGUUUGAAUUGGCAAAAGGCAUGAAAAAUCAUCAUGUGACAUUUAUCACUGAAUCCUAUGCUCAAUCUUAUAUUAACUUUACAUCGUAUCCCAAUUUGUCAUCAUUUCGUCUUAUAUAUUCAAAUGAUUCGACAGAUGCAUUUAUUGAUCAAAAGAAAAAAGAAAAAGAAAUAGUUGAAUAUUUUAUUAAUCAUUCGUUGUUUGAUAGUUUAGCCUACAUGAUACCAAGAUUAGGUAUAAGUAUCAGUACACUCAUGAACAAGACAGUACAUCUAUUAAUGGUAGAACAAUUUGAUGUAAUCAUUGGUAGCUCAGUGAUCUUUGGUAUAAAUGCUCUUUGCAAAGAAGCAAAGGCAUCAUGUGUAAUACAAAUUGCGGAGCAGCAACUGGAUCUUUUUAAUUUUAAUCAACCAAACAGUUUUUCGUUAUUAUCAUCAACACAGUUAACUGAAUUGAAAUAUCGUGUUUACAAUGUUGCUUUUGCUUUACGUACUAUAGUGUACGUCUUCAAACAAUUGAUAGCAAUAUUUUACACCAUUUUUCAGUCAUUUCCACGAGUACCAGGACCAUUUUACGAAACUUUUACAUUAAAAAACCGCUUGUUUACAAAAUCCAAAUGCUUACAAUUAUUUAAUUUGCCACCAACACUCUAUUCACCAUCGUCUUCCCAUCACUGGACUAAAUACCUUGGAGCAUUUGUAGAUGAAUCUUCAAUCGACAAUACUGAUAAUGAUCUUACAAAAUGGAUCAAAUCAAAACCUCUGAAUUCUGUAGUUUAUGUGGCUUUUGGUAGUACUGGUAUAAUUGAACUCGAUCGAAUGAAAAAUUUGAUCAAGGGUCUAGCUGCAUUUCUUUUACAAACAGAUACUGCUUCUGUCUUAUUAGCAUUUAGUAAUAUCAAUUAUGCUCAAUAUCAAACUGUACUGAAUGAGAUGACGAAUAAUGAAUAUCGGCGUGUCUUGCUGAACAAUCAACGGGUGAAAGUUGAACCUGGAUUUGUUCAAUAA